CCAACUAUAACCGGAACGCAUCAUUUAAUCCCUCAACAUGGCCGCGCAACGCUGGUAGUCCGUUGUUGUAUCAGUUAGCGAGCUAGCCAGCUAAAUACCAAACAACUCGUUUUAAUUACCAACGCGUCAUUGUAAGUGUCACUAAACCCGAGAAAUCGACGUUAGUGAUCUUAGUUCGGUGGGAAACAUGAGCUACACGACGAAGGUAGUCCAGGUGACUAACGUGUCGCCGAGCACAACAUCGGAGCAGAUGAGGACACUUUUUGGUUUCCUUGGAACCAUCGAAGAACUCAAGUUAUUUCCACCAGAUGAUUCCCCCAUGCCCGUGACGUCACGGGUGUGUUUUGUGAAGUUCCAGGAACCAGAAUCUGUUGGUGUGUCCCAACAUCUGACCAACACUGUUUUUGUGGACCGAGCACUGAUCGUGGUCCCGUUUGCUGAAGGCUCCAUCCCGGAUGAGGCCAAAGCUUUGUCGCUGCUGGCCCCGGCAAACGCCGUUGCAGGGAUCCUGCCCGGAGGAGGACUUCUGCCCACGCCCAACCCCCUUCCCAAUCCAGCUAUUGGAGGAAACCCAUUUGCUGGUCUAAACAUGGAUGCUAUGGCUGCAUUUGGAUUCCCUGGACCCAACAUGAACCCUCAGGCCGCUGAUCAGCUGCUGAAGCUCAUGACGGAUCCCCAACUCAACCCUCUGGCAGCAGGCCUGAACCUCAGCGCUGGCCUCAAAGCGGAUGCCGCCAACAAGGAAAUGGAGGAAGCCAUGAAGAGAGUGAGAGAGGCGCAGUCGCUCAUUUCUGCCGCAAUAGAACCAGGAAAUGAGAGCAGAAAGAAGCGCUCUCGCUCCAGGUCAAGGAGGAGGCGGUCCAGAUCCAGGUCCAGACGCAGGCGAAGUGGCAGCAGGUCAAGACGGCGCUCCGUUUCGAGAAACAGGCGGCGCUCCAAAAGCCCCCGCAGGAGGCGGAGUCGCUCCAGAGACCGGGGCAGGCGCUCCAGAAGCAGAUCCAGAGAUCGUAAGAAGGAGGAUGUUGGAAGGAGGAGGUCCAAAACGCCGCCGAAGAGUUACAGCACCACCCGAAGGUCUCGCAGCGUGAGUCGGAGACGCAGGAGAAGUCGCAGCGGCAGCCGGUCUCCUAAGAAGUCCCCUAAGAGGAGGGGCUCCAGGUCUCCUUCGCCUCGCAGGCACAAGAAGGACAAGAAGAGGGAUAAAGAGCGGGAACGCCGCAGUGAGAAAGAACGAAGCCGGGACGAGCGAGAACGUUCCACCAGUAAGAAAAAGAGGAGCAGAGACAAAGAGCGAGAAAGAGAGCGAGAGAGGAAGUCAGACGGAGGAGAGAAAGAUAUAAAAAUUACUAGGGAUUACGAUGAAGAAGAGCAAGGCUACGACAGCGAGAAGGAGCGCCAGGAAAGGAAGGAUUCCGACUACUCGGCCAUGUCGCCUCAUUACACAGAUGGCAAUGGUGACUCGCGGCAGGCCAACGGUGACGACGACACCCAUGAGGACGACAUGGACGUCAGCGACUGAGCGACUUGACCGUCCCUCCCCAAUCACCCGCCAGGCUCUGUCUUUCCAUCCAAACACGAUGAACAUUUCAUCAAAAAUGUGAAUUCAUGUGAUUUAAAGUUUCCUCGGCAUACUCUCCUCUUGUGAUUUGCUACUUCAAUUGCACCGCAUUUAGCCCGGGUGCCCCUGUCCCUUCCAACAUGGAGGCUUUGCCACUCAUACUAAAGUGUGAAACUGGAAGACACAUUUGUUGCUUUCCUUAUUAAAUUGUCGCCUCCUCACGUUAUUGUUUCCUUGUUGUAGGGUCUUGUGAUUGUUGCGUUUUGGAACAGUUGUAAGUUAGCUUCUCGUUAUUUGAAAAUGUUUUAUCAAGGUUUUCUUUUAUAUAAUAAAAAAAAAAACAAUUUGGUGAUUCAUGUUUGUCAUUUUUCUGUGACAUUGCCCCUUUCUGGGCAAUAUAAACAAUGUACAGCACCACAUACUGUACUUUAAUGCAUUUUAUCUGUCAUCCACCAUACACGUUUGGAACGUAAUACGUGGAAAUGUUUUUAUUGUAACACAAAGUCCCAUUGAUUUAAAUAAACAUUUUAGAAGUUUGGAAAACCUA